GAUAAAGCUGCCUGGAAUUGAAAGAAUUGACCUGCACAUGGUCAGCCAUGCUUGCUGUGUAAGCCUGUCUGUUGGUUGUUACUAUAGCUACCAAAAGCCAGUGCAACCCAAUGAGCUCAGUGCAGCACUGCUGAAAGGACCAGCCAUCUUUCUCCCAGGGAGCAGUGUGCUUGUGUGUUCACACCGUUCUAGUCCUCAUUUCUACAACAGGGAGGAAAAAAACACACAUUGCAGGAGAAGAAGGAAGGCAGAGCUGCAGGGGAAUGGCUGCAAUGCUGCCUGUGGAUGGGCUGAGCAGACAGCCUUCCCUGAGCUGAUCUCUGAGGAUGGUAUGCAGGCUGAUCAUGCUCUCUGCCUGGAAGAGCUUUGUUGUAUAGGCAAGCAAGGUUCCCCUGCAACCUUAUCUCCACUGCUCAUUGCUAGCUGAUCACAAGGGAGGAAGCUUAGUGACCCUAACAAAGGGUGGUGCCCUCUCUGUAAGCUGGCCUUCUUCUUUCUUUCUUUUUUUUUUUUAAAUACAAGAAGACAACAGUACUGGAGGAGCAGGUGUACUUCCCAUAGUCUUCAUCAUAGGCUGGACACUUGUAUCCCAAGCCAAGCAUUGGAAAGGACUGCUGAUCACCUGUACAAGGCUUAUUCUGGAUCUGGCCAAAACCGAAACUGCUACAGCUGAAAGUCCUGGUUUAAAUAAACACCAACUGCAGGGGAGAGGAGCAACAGCUUGUACCUGGAGCCCUGCACUUGUCCUGGAGCCCUGCACUUGUCCUGGAGCCCUGCACACACCUGUCUGAAAUUCCCUAUGCGUGACGGCAGACAUCAGUAGAAGAGAAGACUUCCUCCUAAAGAGGGAAAUAAAUACCAAACACUAGCAAACUGACGUCACUUUUGCGAAAUCCUGCUGCAUCAAGAUGAAUACAGAUAGCGGUGGAUUUGCUCGUAAACGUGCUGCAAUGUCUGUCACACUAACAGCUGUGAAGAGAGCGCAAAGUUCUCCAAAUCUUUUGACUUCAGGACGGGAGUCCCAUUCACCUGAUUCAGAUAUCUGGAGAUCUUACAAUGAUUGUAUCAACGAUGGUCUGAAUGGUGACUCAAGUGGUUCCUCCCUUGCAGCAAAAGGCUUUAGAAGUGUCCGUCCAAAUUUACAAGAAAAGAAAUCACCAACUCAGGCUCCCAUUCCACCCCCUAGGAAAGGAAGUUUUCACAGAGCAUCUAAUAAUUACCAGAAGCAGGGUGAGAUAGGUGAAUACAUAAUAAGCCCAUUAGCUGUUCAGACAUUUGCCAAUAAGGAAAGUGUCCGGUAUUCUAAUUCGAGCACGAGUAUGAGGCAAGUGACUACUAAUGCACAAAUAUCAUCCUCUAAUCUCAGUAGAAAAGCAGGACAUAUUCAUCAGGAGAGGAAGCAGGAUUCAAAGGAACGUAGAGUUUCCACCUUAAAACUAAUCUUAAAAGAGUUCUCUUCAGAUAGAACUCAAUCUAACCAUCUGCGCAAAUCCCACUCCUCUUCAGCCCCAGACUAUUCACCUAACCGCCUAUCCCAUAACCCCACCCCUGAGAAGCACACAGCAUCCCUGUCUGUUGAGAUAGCACCCAGAGCGGACACCAAGGCAGAAGAAAAGCCGGGAUUUCAUGGACGUCCUUCAGCAAUGUAUGCUGAUGCUGUCAAAGGCUCAACUAGUAUUUCUGGACAAAAGAAAACUACAGCGACAUGGUCUACAGAAAGCCAUGUGACUCCAGUCACAGUUAAUGGGAAUUCAGGCAGCCCAUCCAGUCCAAUGAGUCAUUUUCAGAGGCCAUUCUCUCCAACAUAUCCCUCUCCACCACCACCACCACUAAACUCCAACAGCAUUACCAUGCAACAGGGCAGAACAUUGGAUUCUGCAGACUUCUACUCCCAGCAGUAUCAGUCUGAAAUUAGCCGAAGCAGCAGCACUAUACCAAUCUGCAGGAUCUCCGAGGAGGAGAAGAAAGUCACAGUCGUUAAAGCCCCACACUAUGCUGGGAUUGGACCAGUUGAUGAGUCAGGAAUACCAACAGCAAUUCGAACGACAGUUGAUAGACCAAAAGACUGGUACAAGACCAUGUUCAAGCAGAUCCAUAUGGUCCACAAGCCAGACAAUGACAGUGAUUAUUCCAAUACAAAUUAUGCAUAUAACACAGAAAACUACAUUCCUGCCUAUUCACAUCCUGCAGCAAAAACACAGACAUACCGCCCUCUUUCAAAAAGUAUCUCGGACAAUGGCACUGAUGUACUGAGAUCUUCAUCACCACUGCCUCCUCCACCUAUACCUGUGCCUCCUCCGGCUGUGCCUCUCCGUCCCCGGGAGCUUGCCUCUCCUGAGAAGAAUGAAUGGGAACCACCAGACAGAAAGGUUGAUACACGCAAGUUUCGAUCUGAACCCAGGAGCAUAUUUGAGUAUGAGCCUGGAAAGUCCUCCAUCCUUGAACAUGAAAGACCGAAUGGUCGUAUAAAUCCUGAUGAGAUAGAUUUAGAAAAUGAACCAUGGUAUAAAUUCUUUUCAGAGCUGGAGUUUGGACAUCCGCCUCCUAAAAAACUAUUGGAUUAUAUGCAAGAGAACACCCCUCGUGUGUCUACUGAGACCUCUUUAUACCAACCCUCCAUAGACAAAGGCAUGGAAAGACCUUCAAGCUCUGCAAGCGACUACAGGAAGAGACGGAAGUCUGAGCCCAGUGUAGGCCAUCAGAGAGCCCACAGUGACCAGAAUACAAACAGACACAGCCUAAGCCGGACAGGGGUUCAAGGCACAAACACUCUGAGGAAACAACUUAUUAACUCUUCACCUCCAUCUCCAUCGCGACCAAAAGGUGGGGAUAUUAACAGAAUGUAUCCCCCCCUCUUUACAUACUCUGUUCACAAUCCAAACGCCUCAAAAUCGCUAGAUUACGGUAGUGGCUAUAGUUAUCAUUUAGCUGUGCCUGAUGAUACAAAGCGUUCAACCAGCUUUAAGAAUGGCUGGCAAAUGAAUCGGCAGAAUGCAGAGGUGUGGAGCAGCACAGAGGAAACGGCAUCACCAAAAAUGAAGUCUAGGAGUUGUGAUGACUUACUAACAGAAGAUCACAACAGUUUCUCCAAUACCCAGACCAAAUCUGAAAGCAUGGGAUCUUUGUUAUGUGACGAUAAGUCAAAGCAGAAUAGUCCCUUGGCUUGGGGUAAUACAUUUUCUUCUGAAGGCUGUGGCGCUAACAAGUCCAGGGUUCGCCACAGGUCUGCUCAUGACACACCAGGUUUCCUAAAACUGUAUAAGAAAAUGCACCGCAUAAACCGCAAAGACCUAAUGACCUCGGAGGUCAUUUGCUCCGUUAAGUCUCGAAUAAUGCAGUAUGAGCAGGAACAGCAAAAAGGGAUAUUUGCCAGCUGGAGAACUAUAUCAGAAGAAGUGCCAAGAGAUAUGGUUCCAGACAGAAUAUCAGAAUUUGAGCAGCUUAUCCAGAAAUCCAAAUCUAUGCCAAACCUUGGAGAAGAGAUGCUGUCUGCAGUAAGCUUUGAUAUUUCCACCCGAAGUUCAUGUCCUAAACGUAGGUUUUCCAUUGAAUCUUUGCUGGAUGAAGACACUCCAGAUAGACACAUACCUCAGGUACAGCACAACGGAAAAACUAAAUCUUUGGUUCCUGUUCACAUUGAGGUUACGAGUGACCAGAUUCCACGGUCACAUGCGGAAUUAUCAGACAGUGAUCCUGAUGCAGUUGUUUCAGACCUAAGUGACUUUAUACAAAUUGAAGGAUCAUCUUUUUGCAGUGAGAGUGAUUUGGACCAUUAUUCCCUUACGUCCUCUGAAAGCUUUUAUGGGUCUGGACAUCACCAUCACCACCACCAUCAUCAUCACCAUCACCACAGGCACCUUAUUAGCUCUUGUAAAGGACGAUGUCCAGCUUCGUAUACUCGUUUCACCACCAUGUUAAAACACGAGAGGGCUAAACAGGAGAAAAGUGAACCCUCGGGAAAACGGGAAACAGAUCCAGGCCUUUCCAAAAUUGCUUUUCUUGUUAGUCCAGUGCCUUUUCGUAGGAAAAAAACCUCUACCCCCAAGAUGCAAUCUGAAAAGAGCCGAUGUAAAGGAUCUGUGUUUGAAGCUCUGGACUCUGCACUUCAGGAUAUCUGUGACCAAAUAAAAGCAGAGAAAAGACGUGGGAGCUUGCCCGAUAAUAGUAUACUCCACAGACUUAUUAGUGAGCUUCUUCCAGAUGUUCCAGAAAGAAAUUCUUCUUUAAAAACGUUUCCAUUUAAUACUGGUAAUACAUCAUACUACCAGCUGCCUCAGGAUGGUGCUAUUCAUUACCCACCCUACCAGAAUGAUUGUGGAAGAUUGCCUAUCAGUGCCUCUUACCAGGAUGUGGAUGCAACCAACAACAACUCUUCAGAUAGCCCAUACUGCUUUCAAGCAGAACAAGAAUCUCCCCGGAAUUAUUCCUCAGCUUUCACUGAUGUAAGCAAGAGUUCAGCAAGGAGGGGAGCGCAAGAGAAGGAGGCUGCAAGAGCUGUGUAUGACUUCAAGGCCCAGACAGCAAAGGAGCUGUCUUUUAAGAAAGGAGACACUGUGUACAUCCUCAGGAAAAUAGACAAGAAUUGGUAUGAAGGGGAACAUCAUGGACGAGUGGGAAUAUUUCCAAUUUCCUAUGUUGAGAAAAUACGUCCAGCCGAGAAAGCACAACCAGUGAGACCUCCACCACCAGCACAAGUGCGAGAGAUUGGAGAAGCAAUUGCCAAAUAUAAUUUCACUGCUGACACAAAUGUGGAACUAACACUCAAAAAGGGUGACAAAGUGAUGAUUCUGAAAAAGGUGGAUCAGAACUGGUAUGAGGGUAAAAUUCCAGGCACAAAUAGGCAGGGCAUUUUUCCUGUCUCCUAUGUUGACAUAAUCAAAAAGAGUUCCUCUAAAAGCCCUGGUGAAUCACCUGAUCGGUAUUCCACUGACAGGUUACACAACUCGACCACAAGCACGUUGGCAUCCACUAAAAGACUUCGUACUCCACCCCUUACUCUCAGGCCAACCUCUUGUACAGACUCUAGUAAAGGGAACUUUGAAGCUCUGACCAGUGAAUGGUUGUCACUGACUGUCGGCUGUUCACCUUCAAUCACACAUGUCCCAACUCCACCACCUUUUCCUGACCACUUUCUAGCCCAAGUAGAAAAACCCGAUGCCUUGCCAUUAACAGUAUUACAACCUGAACAGUGUUCUGCACAUGGUGUCACUUCCCUUGAUGGUCAUUUUGUUCCUAUUACACCUCCAAAGACCUCGUCGGGUCAUCAUCUUACAAUACCCUCACCAUUUUCAGAUACAAUGCUUUCCUCUCCUGUAAUUCAGGAGCUUAUUGCCCCUUCCAUCUCUGGAACUUAUAUUGAUAGCAUUGAGAAUGAGAAGCAGUUCAAAUACCUGGACCAGACAGACUCAAAUGGGACAAUAAGCGCCAAAGAAGUCUCAGAGGUUUUUUCUGACCACAGAAGUACAUCAGAGACUCCUGGGAUCGACCUUGUUGUUUCAGAAUGUACAACUGGGUCAUCAUCUCCAAGAAACCUGGCAUCACUUGAUGAACAGGAAGAAGAGAUUUGUCAAGAACUGGUAACCAUCAUCCAAGGAGGUCAGCUGAACAGUCAAGAUUCAGGGUUUUAUAGGUGUGAGCCCCAAACAGAGCAGCAUCCAAGACUCUACAUAGAGGAAGAUGUGACAAGUGACAAUAUAAAACCUCCAGUAGAAAGCAUAGCACAGCCUGUUAUAAGUCAUGAAGAGUACUCACCCAGUAUAAAUCCUGAGCUUCCUCCUAGUCAUCCUGUUGUCUCUACGUCUUCACCUUCACUUUAUCAGUCUUCUGCAUCCCACUUCUCUCCUCUAACCAAAUUCACAUCCAGGCAAGAUACACAAUCUCAGCGGGUUAAGAGUAUUUUUAGAAAUGACCAUGUAGUUGUUGGUAAGCCUCCUCGUAGUCCUGUGAUGUCUAGAAAAGCCUGCAGCUCACCAGUGAAAAGUCCCAAACCAAUUCACAGGCGUGCAGUGUCCAGUCAUGAAAAUAUCCAGUCUAUAGGAGAGCUAUUUCAGUCUCUGUACAACUAUACCCCACGUAAUGAAGAUGAGCUGGAGCUCAGAGAAGGUGAUGUGAUCGAUGUUAUGGAAAAGUGUGAUGAUGGAUGGUUUGUGGGCACCUCGAGAAGAACAAAGUUUUUUGGGACUUUUCCUGGAAACUAUGUGAAAAGGCUGUGAUCGUGUUAUGCCUGCUGCCUCACUUGAAACAUCAUUGUGACUUUGCUAGAAAGCACGCUUCUCGUCUCUGACCAGAAUCCGUUCAAAUGUAAUCCUUGCUGCCACCCGCCAAUGUUUUAUAGCAGUGUUAGAGACAGUCCGGCGCUGUUCUCUACACUACUGAUAAUAUUCUUGCACCAAUCAUUACUCUUCACCAAAUUGUUAUUAUCAGGGCACCCACUGCCUCUAUAUGUUUUUUUGUGAAGCUGGUUCACUGAAAUAGCAUUACAGUGCAAGACAAUCCAGCUAAAGGAGGUGUUACACAUUGGUGUGUGUGGUUACAUGAACAAUGUGAAUGAAAGAAACCUAAAACAGGUUUACAAAAAAAGUAUCGCUGGUACAAGGAUCAGCACAGGCCUUGUCUCUCUAGAUAUCAGAAAUGUGACACGUUUCCUGUGCCAGUGCAGGUGUACAGAGUCAAAGAAUUAACGUUAAAUAUUUAAAUGAUCCUCUGGAUUAAAACUGCAUUUUCUCCAAAACUGGAAGCAACCAGUUGCUAUUAAGGAACAUUUCGUUACAAUCUUUUCCCAAACAGAAUAAAAGUAACUAGAAUAUAUUUUGUUGCACAUGAAUGUUUUACUAUCAUACCCUACAGUGGGGGAAAUUUAGGGAACAUUUAUGAAAAAUGUGCACAUUUCAAUAUGUGCAAAUGUUGAUGAAAUAAUAGAAACCAAUGACAUUCUGUAAUUUUCUUCAUAUGCAUUAGAAAAUGAAAGCAAGUGUCCAAUUG